AGUCAUCCCACCCUUCCAACUGCAAAACCCCUCUCUUCUCUUUCCUUCGCCUCUUCCUCUUUCCAUCUCCAUCCCUCUUCCUCAUCUCCCUCUGUCCUUUCUUCACAUUCACCCUUCGUACACAGUGAAAUCGCUCGGUAAACCCAUCACCUUUCGUUGAUUCCGCAAUCAUGAGGCUUUCAGUAGCUUCUGCCAUCACCUUGGCCCUGGGGGCUUCAGCCUUUGUGCCUAAUCCUGAGCAGCAUCCUAUCGUCUCGAAACUUCCUGCCUUUCUCUCAUCUGCUCUUGACCAGUUCAAAGUCGGUGAUCUCUCUUCCGAGUCUAUCUCUGCCUGGGCAGAGAUCGCGAAGCUCUACCCUGAAGAUACCGUGUCUGCCAUUCAAGCCAUCCAGAGCAAGUCCAAGCCCAAGGCUGGGAUCAAGAGGCGACCGGAUAGCCACUGGGACUACAUCGUCGAUGGUUCCGAGACCGUCUCAGCCCUGGGGAGCAAGGUCGAUGGCCACGGUAAAAUCAAGGGCAACAGGUUAAGGAUCAAGAAGCCUAGUGAUCUGGGAGUUGAUGCUGGAACCAAACAAUAUUCUGGUUACUUGGAUAUAGAGGAAGACGACAAGCAUUUCUUCUUCUGGUUCUUUGAAUCGCGAAAUGACCCCAAGAACGACCCUGUUGUCCUUUGGCUCAACGGUGGUCCGGGGUGCUCUUCUUUGACUGGUCUCUUCAUGGAGCUUGGUCCUGCUUCCAUUAAUGCUAAGAUACAAACCGUUGAUAACCCAUACUCGUGGAACUCCAACGCUUCGGUCAUUUUCCUUGACCAGCCCGUCAAUGUCGGGUACUCGUACUCUUCGAGCUCUGUUUCAAGCACCCACGCUGCGGGAAAGGACGUUUAUGCGUUCUUGACCAUGUUCUUUGAUAAAUUCCCGGAAUAUGCUAAGCAGGACUUCCAUAUCGCUGGUGAAUCUUAUGCUGGACACUAUAUUCCUCAAUUCGCCGCCGAGAUUCUCUCUCAUAAGAAGCGCAACAUCAACCUUCAGUCUGUUCUCAUUGGCAACGGUCUUACCGAUGGUCUCACCCAAUACAAGUACUACCGCCCCAUGGCUUGUGGUGAAGGUGGGUACCCAUCUGCCUUGAGCGACUCUGAGUGCAAGAAUAUGGACAAUGCCUACCCUCGUUGUGCCGGUAUGAUCCAAAACUGCUAUACCUCCAAGUCUGUGUGGUCUUGUGUCCCUGCAUCCAUCUACUGCAACAAUGCUAUGAUCGGCCCUUAUCAGCGCACCGGAUUGAAUGUCUAUGACAUUCGCGGGAAGUGUGAAGAUUCUGACAACCUUUGCUACUCUGAAAUGGGCUGGAUCUCUAAGUAUCUCAACGAGAAGGAUGUUAUAUCGUCUCUCGGGGCCGAGGUUUCUUCUUAUGAGUCUUGCAACUUUGACAUCAAUCGCAACUUCCUCCUCAAUGGAGACUGGAUGUUGCCAUUCCACAAAUUUGUCGUCGAACUCCUCAAGGAGAUCCCUGUCUUGAUCUAUGCCGGUGACGCUGAUUACAUUUGCAACUGGCUCGGAAACCGUGCCUGGACUGAAGCUCUCAAGUGGCCCGGAAAGAAGGCCUUCAACAAGGCCAAGGUUGAGGGCUUUAUGGUCAACAAUAAGGAGGCUGGAAAGUUCAAAACUUCUGGAAACUUUACCUUCAUGCAGAUCUAUCAGGCCGGUCACAUGGUUCCAUACAACCAGCCCGACCCGAGCUUGCAGAUGUUGAACAGAUGGUUGAGUGGUAACUACUGGGCUUAAGUGAUGUCUUUUUGUCUUGUGUACUGUAGCCGGUCAACUUGUUGGGCAUGAUGUUCUCUUUCUUUCUUUUUGUAAUGGGUUAAACUCAUGGCUCUGCAAUAUUUUCGGACCGGAUGAAUUGGCAUGGGAGUGAUACAUAUAAUAUUACGGAGGGUUUGAUUUUUUUCUGCUCUUUCUCUUUCUUUGCUUCGUCGCGGUGUUUCUGACGUAUUGACUUUUAACAAUGGAAGGUGUUUUAUUCUUCAA